AUGGCCGUUGUAGCACGGAUUUUACCUUAUUUACAUUCAAAGAGCUAUGAGACUAGAUCGGCCGCAUCUAAUGCCCUCUCACAGAUUUUCUCUCUUGUGCCCGUAUGGCAGCCACAGGACACUGACGUCAAGCCUUCCGUUGAGCCUAAUCCGCAUGCCCCUGAAUUUCCAUCCUUUUCGGUGCAGGAGCUCAUGCAGAAAGGUAGCCUCCUCCUCGCAUCCUCCGGUAAGGAGUUUUCGAAACCAGCUGGUAUUCUAUCUAGUUCUUCGGAGGUCAAAAGAGCUCGUAAAGAAGCCAUGGGUCGCUUAGGCUUGGAUUUUUUGGAUAGCGUUGGCGGGGCAGAUGACAUGGAUCUCGACAAGGAGCUAGCCGUGGAAACCGAACUCGAUGCAGAAGACGAUCCUGAAAAUGCAAUGAAAGUGGAGGAAACCCCGGUGUCAUCUUCACCUAUGGACGUUGACUUCAAGCCCAAACAAGAACGCUCUUCACCAGCUCGUCCAGAUUCAACCACUCCUACUGGUCCUUCUCUCCCAACAACAUCGGGUGCAUCGGCUGGAGAAGAUGCAAGUGGGUUGUCUGCCCGUGAACGCAACCGACUCAAGAGAAAGAGAAAGCCAGGAAAUUCAGCUUUUGUUGCUGCCCCUCCCCCUCCCCCGCCUAGUGCAGGCUCAAAGUACAAUCCUACUCCAGCUGGUCCUUCGAAUAAAGCCCGACUUGUAUCUUCAGAAGACGGAGACCAGCAUAUGUCGCGAGUAGACAGUCCACAUCCUGCAACAAAUGGUGUUUCUGUUGAAAAAGUAGUAGUUGAUCCUUCGAAAGGUGGUGCAGUCUCUCCCAAAGCAGCACAACAAUCGAAAGCGCUGGAAGUAAUCCCAGGCGCCUGGAUCUGGGAUGGAAUUGUUAGAUUAUUGGAGGUUGAUCUUUUCUCAGAAACUUGGGAAGUUAGACAUGGAGCUGCCAUGGCCUUGCGAGAAUUGCUUAAAGUGCAAGGUAAAAAUGAUUGCAUUUCUUGGGAAGACAACGCGUCUGACCAUGAACGAUGGUGUAACGAUCUCGCGGCCAAGCUUCUUUGUGUUUUUGUUCUAGAUCGUUUUGGUGACUUUGUUUCGGACCAGGUUAUAGCUCCUGUCCGUGAAACGGUGUCGCAGACACUGGCUUCACUACUUCUGCAUAUGCCCAGGAGAUCCGUAAUUCAUGUGCAUUCAAUCCUUAUCCAGAUGAUUCGGCAGGAUUUCCUCCUAACCUCGAGUCAUGCUCACGUAUGGGAGGUACGACAUGCGGGCCUUCUAGGUAUUAAGUAUGAAGUUGCCGUCAGGACUGAUUUAUUCGAGGCGAUGAAAAAGGAUGAAGGAUGUGAUUAUACUGGCAAAGAAGUACUGCAAGGAGUUGUGGAUGCUGCUGUCCUUGGCCUAGGAGACCACGACGACGACGUUCGUGCAGUGGCUGCAUCUUGUCUACUACCUGUUGCCGGACAUCUCGUCAAUGAACUGCCAGAAUCUUUAGAUCGCGUUUUGACGGUCUUAUGGAGCUGUUUACGUGAUAUGAAGGAUGAUCUUAGCUCUAGUGUUGGUGCCGUCAUGGACCUUCUUGGCAAGCUUGUGGCAUACGACAAAGUUAUUGACAUCCUGGCACAAACAUCAGUAUCGCUUCCUCUUUCAACAUUAGCACCUACACUGUUUCCCUUCUUUCGACAUACGAUUCCCAAUGUUCGCCUUGCCGUUGUCAAUACUCUUCAUUCCUUUAUGAUGGUUUCUUCUUUACCAAGAGACUGGAUUGUUAGCCCUUUUCUUCGUCUGCUCUUCCAGAACCUCAUCGUGGAAGAACGCUCGGAUAUACGCCAGGCGACAUUAUCUGCUUGGCGAACCGCAUUAGACGUCCUAUCAUCGGUUCCUGGGUGGACUGAAAACGUGAUCACUCAGCAGGUUAUUCUUGAAUGGUAUGCGAUUAUGAUGACACCUUUAGGUGUGACAAUGGACAGUUCAACGUUCUACUCUCCAUCUGUUACGGCUGAUGGUCACGGUCUGGUUCCCGAACGGCACAAUGUUGACAAGAACAUGCUAAGCCAAGAUUUGGCCCUUGUUGCUGUGGAGGUCAUUUUGCAGGCUAGAAUUGCGGCUGCUACGGCACUGUCGUAUCUGAUUGCCUCCUGGUCGAUUGGGGCGGUGGAAGAGCUGUUCCAACCAAUUUUAGUUCACUAUCUCGAGUCCACUAGCAUGCUUCAGAAAUUCCUAGCGGCUAUUGUUUCGGAAGAAUGGGCCCAUGCAUGUGAGGCAAAGUCACCAUCCUCUUCCCUAAUAGAGAAGUUCCCCCUAGCUCAAGAGCUUAGUAAAAGGACAUUAUUCUGGUUACAAGCUCCCCCGCCAGCCGCUUAUCACGAAAUGGCCUUCGCACUUCAUCGCAUUCAUGCCGAGUGUUAUGCUCUUCUACACUGUUUUGCCAGCGAUUGCAAGCUACCUAUUUCUACUAUUCCAUAUCUGGGCGCCGAAAUUGAUAUUACGGGGACGAAGGCAGACUGUUUCACAAUCGAUACGGCUCAUGCGGCCGUUGGUUCUAUGUAUACUAAGCUCAAGGAAAACCUAGGGCGGACAAAGAAGCGCGAGUUAGUGAUCAUAAACGAGAAGAGACAAAAGGUCGUCAUGAGUAUCGAUCGAUAUGUCGAGGUGAAGGCUCAACAUGAUAUUCGAGUGUCAGCAGCAUUUGCUGCUGCCUUUGUGGCUUUCAAGAGCACCCCAGACAAAAAUGAAGAAAAUCUCGACUUGCAAACUCGCUCUGCCGUCGCUGUUGCAUUAUUUAUCGAUUUUUGUGUGCAACAUAACAUAGCGCAACCUCCUGAUAAGAUAGUGAAGAAUCUUUGUACAUUCCUGUGCCAGGAUGUAGAUCAAACCCCGACGUUCGCAUAUACUCGAAGCGUACUUGAUGGCAUUCUUUCCUUUCAGACAUCAUACAAACCUGCAGGUUCUAGAAAUGGUAGGGACGGUCAUGACCGAAGUGAUACUCCAAAGGCGGACGAAGCUUCCAGUGCUCGCCUGUCAAGAAGGGGAGCUGGGUUGGCUUUUAAUCAACUAUCUACUAGAUUUGGUUCUCGACUCUUCCAGGUUCUUCCGAAGAUGUGGCAAUCCAUGGCAGGUGGAUUGCUUAGCGCUUGUGGGAGUGGCUCGCCCCAAGAAGCGGAUAACCUGAUGGAAAAACAGUUUGGUCAAGACGUAAUCGAUUCUUUAAGUGUUCUUGAAGCUGUUGUACCCACCCUCCACCCUGAUCUUUGGCCAAAGCUCUCAGAACUUUUCCCGGUAAUGGCCUCAGCUCUACAAAGUCGUUAUGCCAUUAUUCGUCAAUCUGCUGCUCGAUGCUUUGCUGCUGUCUGCGAUGUAAUGACGUCCGAGGCCAUGCGUUUUGUGAUCGAAAAUAUAAUUCCAGUACUUGGUGACCCUGUGGUCUUGUCCAACAGGCAAGGUGCGGCAGAGGUGAUAUAUCAUGUCGUCCAAAAGCUGGACAUUAAGGCGCUACCAUACGUAAUUUUUCUAGUAGUCCCGGUCUUGGGGAGAAUGAGUGACUCUGACGAUGAUAUUCGAUCAACCGCGACGAACACGUUUGCUUCGCUGGUGAAGAUGGUGCCUUUGGAGGCAGGUCUUCCUGAUCCACCUGGCUUUACCGAGGAUCUUCUUAAAAGACGCGAGACGGAGCGGCAGUUCUUGACUCAGCUACUUGACGGGACGAAGGUCGAGCUAUACAGCAUUCCGGUGACUAUCAACGCAGAACUUCGCAAAUAUCAACAAGAUGGUGUCAAUUGGUUGGCAUUUCUGGGCAAAUACCAGCUACAUGGUAUUCUCUGCGACGACAUGGGUCUCGGUAAAACCUUGCAAUCGAUAUGCAUUUUGGCUAGCAAACAUUUUGAAAGAAGUGAAAAGCAUAAGGAGACUAAGUCGCCUGAUGCUGUUCAUCUUCCAUCGUUAAUCGUCUGUCCACCCACGCUGACGGGUCACUGGUAUUACGAAAUUCUAAAGUAUGCAGACAAUCUGCGGCCAAUUCUCUACACGGGCAAUUCUCGCGAGCGGUCACGAAUCCUUUCGAAAUUAGCGAAACACGAUGUUGUCAUCACCUCCUACGAAGUCGUGCGCAAUGAUAUCGCAAGCUUAGAGGGUCUCAACUGGCUUUACUGUAUCCUAGAUGAAGGUCAUGUCAUCAAGAAUGCCAAAACGAAAUUGACAAAAGCGGUCAAAUGUAUUCGAGCUCAGCACCGAUUAAUCCUGUCGGGAACACCAAUCCAGAACAACGUGCUGGAACUGUGGAGUUUAUUUGAUUUCCUUAUGCCUGGCUUCCUUGGAACCGAGUCAUCAUUUAAUGAGCGCUUCGGUAAACCCAUAUUAUCUAAUCGCGACGGUAAAGCGAAGAGUGGGGAGGCGGCUGCUCUUGCGCUGGAAGCUCUACACAAACAAGUCUUACCAUUUUUAUUACGCCGGUUGAAGGAGGACGUCUUACACGAUCUACCCCCCAAAAUCAUUCAGGAUUACUACUGCGAGCUUUCCGAAAUUCAGAAAACUCUCUAUGAUGAUUUCGCCAAAUCCCAGGCGAGAGUCAACGCGGAGGAUGUCAUUCAGAAGGGGGCCGCUCAAACCAAGGAAGGAGGACAGCAGCAUGUAUUCCAGUCACUGCAGUAUCUGCGGAAACUCUGCAAUCAUCCAGCACUCGUCCUUAAAAACGAUACGGAAGCUAUCAAUGCAGCAUUUGCCAAAGUAGGCUCCAAACACGAGGGUCUCAACGACAUUCAGCACGCCCCGAAGUUGCUUGCUCUUCGGCAAUUACUGACUGAUUGCGGCAUUGGCUGUAAUUCGGGUGGAGAGGGUGGGAAAAGCGAUGCCGCAGAUGGUGUAUCUGAUUCAACUGGCGCCUUUUCCCAGCAUCGUGUUCUCAUCUUCUGUCAAAUGAAACAGAUGCUAGAUAUCAUCGAGACGGACCUUUUCAAGCCACACAUGCCUUCUGUGACGUACAUGCGACUCGAUGGUGGGACCGAUGCUACGAAACGUCACGCUGUAGUACAGACUUUUAACUCGGACCCUAGCAUCGACUGUUUGUUACUGACUACUCAUGUUGGUGGCCUAGGUCUCACAUUGACAGGAGCUGAUACCGUCAUCUUCGUCGAACACGACUGGAAUCCUAUGAAAGAUCUGCAAGCUAUGGACAGAGCGCAUCGCAUAGGGCAGAAGAAAGUUGUGAAUGUCUAUCGUCUUAUCACCAAAGGCACGCUGGAAGAGAAGAUCAUGGGUCUACAACGCUUUAAACUGAAUAUAGCCAAUUCCGUGGUCACGCAGCAGAAUGCGGGUCUGUCCUCUAUGGACACCGACCUCGUACUAGACCUGUUCAAGCGAACAAAUGAGGAGGAGGAUGCUGCAGCAAGAAAAAAGGCCAAAGAGGCGCAUGGGCCUCUCAGCCAGAAAAAUGUUCUUCAAGGUCUUGACGAGCUACCUGAAGAAGAAGAGUACGAAGGACUUGAUCUAUCUAGUUUUAUGGUUACUGACACCCAUGGCCAACCGUUGACUGCCCUAUGUUUUGAUCCCGUGUCUGAUACUCUCUGGACAGGCUCUAAUACAGGGCAUGUUGUAGCACUACAUACCGUACAGGGAGCGCGUGGAGUGUCGUUCCCAGUCGGUGGAGGUCUCGCCGUGAAGAAGAUAUCCGUCGGUGAUAACUACGUCAGAGCGUUGAGCAUCGCUGGUGAGGGUGUUGGCUCCUGGGCCAAGGGUGGGAUGAAUAAGUGGUUCUUUCGGGAUUUGACGACAAUAACAGCUUUUUCUGAUGCCGCAUAUUCUUCUAAUAUCAUGGCAGUCGCUUCUGCUGCCCCUGAAUUACUCUUGUUGAAUUCAAUGACAGGAAAAGCAGCACGACAGACAUCAACACCGUCUGUCAUUACUCACCUGCAGUUUUCACACUCAUCACUACUCUCCGCAUCAUCCGAUGGCUUCGUGCGUGCCUAUGACGCACGCACAGGCCUCAGGCGCGAAGAAGGCGAGAACUCAGUUCAAGCUCAUACAAGUGGCAUUCAAGAUUUUCAAGUUAGCGGAAAUUUCUUCUACACAAUUGGAUGGAUGGUCACAUCCGGUCAAGGUUUGGUCAAUGUCGUGGAUGUUUCCAACCCUAACAAUGUCAGUGGGUUCUACCAGCUUGACACUGUAUCCUAUAUCACUUCAACUGCUGUUUCAUCAAACGGGUCGUUUAUUGCAUUUGGAGAUUCCGGCGGUACUGUUCAUCUCAUGACUGCCACAGAGGGCGAUUCGGAUUCCUUGUUAUUCAAUGGGUUUGAGGGACAAGAGAUCGAAUGGGCAGAUCCGGCUGAGGAGAUACCUCAAAUUGAGUGGACAGUUUCAACUCCUCUCAAUACUAUCGGUCUUCCACAUUACAACUCCCAAUUGUUGUCUUCUUGGACUCCACAGUUUGUAUCAUCGUCCCCUAAUUAUCCUCCUCCUGCCAAGAUCCCUCAGCAAAUUCUCAACACCAUGAAGACAAAUGACAAUGUGGCAUAUGCAGCUCUACCAAAGGAACUGAAGGGCCGCCGAAAUCGAGCCGUUGUCACUCCAGCAAGAGAUCAGGGGCGUUUCAGAAGUGGCAACAAAGGCAGAAACGGGCCGGAGCUAGAGGCAACUACCUUAGAUGAUAGCGUCGAAGAAGUCCCUCGAAUAUACCGCAAGGUAGAGAUCGAGUAUUCCAAGUUUGGUGUAGAAGAUUUUGAUUUUGGGUUCUAUAAUCAUACAGCGUAUAGUGGAUUGGAGACCCAUAUUCUGAACUCAUAUACAAAUGCAUUGGUGCAAGUGAUGAGUUACAGUCAUGCUAUACGACAACUAGCCAAGUCUCAUAUAACAACAAAUUGCCCAAGAGAACACUGCCUCCUUUGUGAACUGGGUUUUGUGGUACGGAUGUUGGAAGACGCUGGUGGCACAAACUGCCAGUCAAGUAACUUCUGUAAAACUGUCGGAGUCCUUGCGCAAGCACAAAACCAACUAGAACUCAUUGACUACGGGCGCGAACACACGGAGGUUGAUUACACCCACACAAUCCAGGCGUUCCACCGGUUCCUCAUUGAUCACCUGAGCUUGGAAGGGAAUGUAUUUCCACACAAUCCUGUUAUCGUUAAACAUCCUUCCUUCCAACCGGAUGUGUAUUCUCCUGCUGCUGCACCUGUAACUCAGUUACUCGGUAUUGACGCAAAGAACAUCAUCACCUGUAUGAGCUGUAAAGCAGUGAGGGGAAAAGAAAAUAUGACUCACAUAAUCGAUAUGGUUUAUCCGCGCAAGAUCACCUCCAGUGACCCUCCCUACGCAGCUGACUUUACAAGUGUUCUCCGUAGUUCGCUGAUUCGUCAAAUGUCCCAUAAAGCUACAUGUCAAACAUGCAAACAAUUUGCAACGUUCUCUUCGCGACGUUCAAUCCCUACUCGCGACCUACCUCCAAUACUGGCUGUCAACGCUUCCGUAUACAAUGAAGAAAACCUAAAGUUUUGGCUUGAUAAUCGUAACCAGACGUUCUUGAAACCUCAGAUUGAAAUGCAAGGCCAGGUCGAAGGUGUAGAUGACCCCGAUGUCGUCAUAUAUGAGCUCAGGGCCUUGGUCGUACAGAUUGUACCAAAAACAAAACAUUCGCACCUUGUCUCUAUUGUGAAAGUACCCGGUGCAGAGGGACAGAAAGGUCCCUGGUUCGUCUUCAAUGACUUCGUCGUUAGGAAUAUCACGGAAGACGAGGCCUUCAGCUUCCCUAGCACAUGGAAGGUUCCAGCUAUCUUGUAUUUGGAACGAGUUGACCUCCAGGAACGCCUUGACCUGAGCGGACUACCUGAUGAAAUUGAUCAAUCCAUUCUGAGCCGUGAUACAUCUAUCUCAAUUAAUCGCGAUAAAAAUCUGGUCAAGCAUGAAUGUUUGAGAUUUGAGGAACUGCCCAAGCCCGGCACCUUGGUUGCUAUUGAUGCAGAAUUUGUAUCCAUGCAGCAGGAAGAGACUGAGUUUCGGUCAGAUGGAACUAAUAAAGUCCUUCGACCUGCGCGGCUCAGCUUGGCGCGUGUUUCCGUCCUGCGAGGCGAUGGACCCAAGCAAGGCGUGCCAUUUAUUGACGAUCACAUCCAUACCAGUGAGGUUAUCGUCGACUACUUGACAGAAUUUUCAGGAAUCAAAUUUGGUGAUCUUGAUCCUCAUCUUUCUCGACACACCCUAACGCCGUUGAAGCUGGUGUACAAGAAACUGCGUCUGUUAGUGGAUCGCGGAUGCAUUUUCAUAGGUCACGGACUGUCGAAAGAUUUCCGUAUCAUCAAUAUACAUGUCCCACCUGAUCAAGUCAUUGACACUGUUGACUUAUACUUCCUGAAGGCUCGGCAGCGUCGCUUGUCCUUACGGUUCCUGUCAUGGUUUGUUUUGCACGAAAAUAUACAAACCGACACGCACGACUCCAUUGAAGAUGCGCGUUCUGCGCUCAGACUAUACAAAGCUUACCAUGAGUUUGAAGAACAAGGUAUCUUUGAUAUGAAGUUGGAAGAGCUUUAUCGAGAAGGUCGUCAAUAUAACUGGAAACCUCCACUCCCUACUACCACCUCUGCAUUGCCGCAGCCAUCUCUUCCGGCAAUCUCAACAUCCCCCGCUCUGCAACAAUAUCCGAUGAUGCCGCCUCGCAAUUUUGCCCAAGCAAAUUUUCUUUCCAACAAUCUGAAAUUUAUUGGUAUACCUGACUAUUUCCCUACAUCUGAUAGUUAUGGCAACAACUGGGAUCAACGUGGACAACGAUGAUUUCGCGACAUUUGUUGAACAGACCAAAAUGGAGCAGAGGCAAAUGUAUUAUGAUUUAUGACUUAAGUAAAUGCAUAUUGUAUUUUUUAUUGCUAGCACUGUAGAAUGACGAUCAAUAUCGAACUCUAUGUGGAUUGAUUUAAGUCGAGUCAUGAUUUUUUUGCGAAGGAACUCUAGAUCAGGGUAGUACAUGAUAGUGCACUAAAACUACCAACGAUAUACAAACAUUAUCCAAGGCAAUCAGGAUAUUAAGGUCGCCUCUUUGCUUUCGCCGUUUUCCGAUGAAGCGUAGUCCUAUCCCUCUCGAACCUGGUCUUUUUUGUCUUUGGUCCAACUUCUUCAUCACCAUCAAACUCAUCCCUUGAUCUGGCCUUGGACCUCGAGAGCGCAUCUUGUUUCUUUCCCUUUUUGCGCAACUCCUCGUAGCCAUCCCCAACACCCACAGCUCUAGGUCUACCCACUGAGCGCAAAACGUCAUUGAAUUCAUCCUCCAACCCUGCCCCACGACGCCGCCCGCGAACACCAUCUCCACCCAAAGCGAGAUUUUCCUCGUCACGCUUCCGUCGUCGUGAAUCUUUUUUGUUCAUCACAAGACGUGUGAAGUUCUCCUCUUCGAACUGGGUCAUGCGCUGGAUCUCGCGUGCCCUGUUCGAUGCGAGAGAAGGCAUAGAGCCUAAUCCAGAAGUCGACUCCAUGUGAGGUUUGUGUGGAUCUUGUUGGAGGAGGGAAGACAGAGCGGUAGGUACGGGUUGUCGUUUUUCUUUUCUCCCUGUAGACUCGACGUAUGGCACAGGGGC